GCCCACCUACAUUCGUUCAGAGCCAGCCGAAUUCGCAAGAAUCUCGCAUCCGCUGUGCAGAUUCGUUGCCAAGUCUUAUCAGGUCACUCUCGUUUUCCCCAGUAAUCUAGGCUGCGACAAUUCACCGUGUCAAUCGCUUAGAUUCUUCGUGAAAGCAAGUAGUAACUGAAAAGGCUUCCGGAGCUCCAAUAGCACGCACAUGUCAAUUCUUGCGUCAUCGUCUUAAUCCUGCUACUCAGCUUUAGCACGCUGUCUCGUCGCUCGUUUCGCGUCCUGGCUUCUUCAUUGAGUCCAUUUAAAAUGUUCAAACGCUCGUUUGCUUCAAAAGACCGGGCGGGCAAAGUCAGCAAACCGAUGAAGAUGUCGUUUCGUGAAGAUGUGAAGGAGCGGAUGCUCGAGAAGGCGAGCGGUCCCAAGAGUGAGGGUAACUCUCCCAACCUCACUUCAGCCAUUAUUUCGAUAGUGGUUGGCAAAGAUCAACGACUGUUCGCAGCUCAUCAGGACGUCCUGAGCCACUCGCCGUUCUUUGCAUCGGCGUGUCAGGAUCAGUUCUUUGAGUCCAAUCGACGCAUCCAGCUUCCCGACGAGGAGCCCGAGAUCUUCUCCUGCGUUCUUGAGUAUCUCUACAAAGGUGACUACUAUCCGCGCUUGAUGCACGACAAGCGACGUAACACCUGGCUGCUCGAGGGCAGUGUGGAGGGGACCUCGCCCAACCUCAAUAACAACGGUGGUCGCGGAGGAGGUGGAGUUGAGGCAACCUUUUUUCAUUCCGGCGUGGGUGACUUUAUUCUCAGAGACACAGCUGUGUACUGCGCGGCUGAACGCUACGGUCUCGAGGAGCUCAAACGCUUGUCCUUGCGUAAACAAGGCCUGCAGAGUGGAAUCGAGGUCGGUGUCAUCUUGCGCAGUGCGCGGUAUGCCUAUGAGAACACACCGGACAGCGACUCCCGCCUCCGCGCUCAUUACUUGGCUUUGAUUAUCCGCAGCCGGAAGACAUUCAAGCGCAGCGGCACCAUGCAGAUGGAGAUGGAGAUGGGGGGGAAAUUGUUCUUCGACUUGUUCGUUGCCCUUUCCAACCACAUUGACGAUCUCGUGGAACUUCAAUCGAAGAGUACGCCACGCACGGUCUGAAAUGUGAAGGGCGACACGUGCCGUGUUAUGAUUUCGCCUCGGAGUUCUCGUGCUUUCCUGUUUCGGCGAUGUUUUUUGCUAUUUGGGUCGACAAAGACUGACACAUCCCACACAUGAUACCCCAAAUCCACACUCAGAUUGGAUCGUGUUUGACAAAUCAAAAUUGGAACCUGUCCACCGGACGACGGCACUCAAGUUGGACGAAGGCGAGUAAGCCAGCCGCGAACGUGGAUCCCUGAAUUUAGGCGUUAUUGAUUGACACUACUCUCACAUCUUACCUCUCGACUCCUACUUCUCUUCUCUCCAACGAACGCGUGGGUCGGCGGCCCGGUUUGGUAUACAUCUGAUUGCGGGAAACGGAAGCACGUUCUACCUUUAUGCGCAAUGCGCGUGGGGAGGCGGGAGCUUUAUCUUAAUACUUGUAUCAUCAACUCUCUGUCCUCGCCUCUGAAACAGACCUGAGUUGUCACGUAUGUACCUCCCGCCUGGUUCGGGAUGGGAAAAGUCAGCUCCACAUGUUCCCAGAUGGCUAGAGCGACAAUUUGCUAAAGAGAAAAAAGUCUCAGCAAAUGGUCCUGAGGCUAUGAUUUCUCUUUUGUCAAUCGAAGGAAGGCCAGAGGCUGUUGUCUGAGUGGCGAGAUCCAUUGAUCAUCUCCAGAUUGUGGUGGACGCGAUGCGCGUCAACUCGCUCAUUUCUAUGUAACACUUUUCCUAUGUCACAUGACCGUGGAGGAGAACAGUAGCAGGAAGCAGCGGUUCAAGUUGGUGCGCGAUACCGCUUAAGUGAGGAAGGCUGCAGUUGAUAGUCUAAGUCAGUAAUCGAGAGAUUCGGCCGCCUCAGAAAAA